CCCACAGCUCAAAGGGCUGGUGCAAGGUAGAAAAGCACCUCAGGCCAGAGCAGCAGCGUGCAGAGCAGGCCGGCCCAGUGCCACCAGGAGGAGGAGAGGGAACGCCCCGGGGAAAUCCUGAAGAUGACCAAAGAUGAGUCCACUGUUCGUUGCUUCCAGAGCCUGCUGAUUUUUGGAAAUGUGAUUGUCGGUAUGUGUGGCAUUGCCCUGACAGCAGAGUGCAUCUUCUUUGUAUCCGACCAACACAGCCUCUACCCUCUGCUUGAAGCCACUGACAAUGAUGACAUCUAUGGGGCAGCCUGGAUCGGCAUGUUUGUUGGCAUCUGCCUCUUCUGCCUAUCUGUCCUAGGCAUCGUAGGCAUCCUAAAGUCCAACAGAAAAGUUCUUCUGGCGUAUUUCAUUCUGAUGUUCAUCGUGUACGGCUUUGAAGUGGCAUCUUGUAUCACAGCAGCAACGCAGCGAGACUUUUUCACACGCAACCUCUUCCUGAAGCAGAUGCUGGAGAGGUACCAAAACAACAGCCCUCCAAACAACGACGACCAGUGGAAAAACAAUGGAGUCACCAGGACCUGGGACCGGCUCAUGCUCCAGGACAAUUGCUGUGGUGUGAAUGGUCCAUCAGACUGGCAGAAAUACACAUCUGCCUUCCGGACGGAGAAUAACGAUGCUGACUAUCCCUGGCCUCGUCAGUGCUGUGUUAUGAACAAUCUUAAAGAACCUCUCAACCUGGAGGCCUGCAAACUCGGAGUACCUGGUUACUAUCACAAUCAGGGCUGCUAUGAACUGAUCUCUGGACCAAUGAACCGACACGCCUGGGGGGUUGCAUGGUUUGGAUUUGCCAUUCUCUGCUGGACUUUUUGGGUUCUCCUGGGUACCAUGUUCUACUGGAGCAGAAUUGAAUACUAAGAAUAAAGUGUAACCACCGUAUGUACCUCCCCCUGGUGAUUCUGGAUUUGGUGCUGGAGCCGCUCUCUGCUAAUAUUCCACCUGUGUGCUCCCCAGGAACACAUGCGUUCUUCCUCACAUUGCCAAGUCAGCUGGUAUGGAGUUCCUCUAGGCCCUUACGCUCCUGAAAUUCUCACCCCUGCUGUUUUUAGGAAAGGGAGAAUUUAGGAUAAUAGAUAAUAACUAUUCCUGUCCCUGUUUAUUUUUAAUUUGGGGAAUAAAGACCUUCACAGGAAACUGUGUUAUCCCAGCAAGCAAGUUUGUACCGAGACAGCAAAUCUGCCUGUGUUUCUCACUGCUUUCUAAAAGAAACCAUCAAAGGCUCUCAUUCAUCUCAGGUGAGAGAACUAAGGAAAAGAUUGCUGAAAUGUAACUUUGCCUUUGUCCUAUAGUGGCUCCCAUCUACAUAGACUCAAGUGAUUCUUUUAAUGCCACCUUGGGAUCCUUUUAUUCUCCAGGAGAAUGCCCAAUCUUGAGCUGACAAUGGUUGAAUUUCCUCUUAGAUAUUGCAGAGUGAUAUGUGUUUAGUAACCUCAAUUCCUCUUUACAAUUAAUUAGUAACCUCUACUGAUUAAAAGUACGUGACCAGUUUGAAUGGCCAUCAUUAAAAAGUCCACAAGCGAUAAACACUGGAGAAAAGGGAGCCCCCCUACACCGCUUGUGGGAAUGUAAAUUGGUACAAUCACUGUGGAAAACAGUAUGGCGGUUCCUUUAAAAACUAAACAUAGAGUUACCAUAUAAUCCAGCACCCUAAUCCCAGGCAUAUAUCUGGAGAAAACUCCAGUUUGGAAAAUAUAUAUACCCCAAUGUUCAUAGCAGCCCUAUUUACAAUAGCCAAGACAUGGAAGCAACCUAAACCUAAUUGUCCAUUGACAGAUGAUUGGAAAAAAAUGUUGUGGUACACACACACACACACACAUACACACACAAUGGAAUAUUACUGAACCAUAAAAAAUGAAAUCAUGCCAUUUGCAGCAACAUGGAUGACCUAGAGAUUAUCAUAGUGAAACAAGUGAAACAAGUCAGACAGAGACAGACAAAUAUCACAUGAUAUCACUUAUAUGUGGAAUCUAAAAAGAAUGAGACAAAUGAAGUUAUUUACAAAACAGAAACAGAUUCACAGACAUAGAAAACAAAAUUAUGGUUACCAAAGGGGAAAGAGGGGAGGAAUAAAUUAGGAGUUUGGGAUUAGCAGAUACAAAUUACUAUAUAUAAAAUAGAUAAACAAGGUCCUACUGUAUAGCACAGGGAACUAUAUUCAACAGCUUGUCAUAACCUAUAAUGAAAAAGAAUAUGAAAGAGAAUAUAUUUGUAUAACUGAAUCGCCAUGCUGUACCCUAGAAACUAACACAACAUUGUAAAUCAACUAUACUGCAAAAAAAAAAAAAAAACACUUCAGCCAACACAAAAAAUAAAAAUAAAAA